AGUUGCGCAUAAGCAGCCGCGGCAAGUGAGUGUGUUCAAAUUUAGAACGGAUUUCGCGCGGUUUGGUUUCUUUCAAAAGUUUUUAGAAGACGUGUUCUAAUUUCAAAUGAUAUCAUUGUUCUGUGUGCAAAAGGCCGGUAGAUGAUACGAAAUGUGUGUUGAAAAAACACAGUGCCAGUGUGUUCGCACGCAUGUCGCGUGAGCCGAAGUGAUGUGCACUUUUUGUUUUGUGUAGAAAGUGAUUUCAUCACAAAGGAUUACAGUGAUUAAUAUUGUUGGAAAACACACAUGAGAAUAUCGACUUUGUAUUGAUAAAACAUCAAAAUGUCGGCUACCGCAACUCGCCAUGUCAAAGAAUCGAACUCGGCAAACAUACUGAUGUGUAAGCAAUGGUGGAAAGUAUGCUGGAUGUACGGAGACCAGGAAAAAUAUUACAGGCAACUAUACGGUAGAAGAAAAACGAAUAAUAUUAAUACGAAUCUAUUUAACUUCGAUAUGGACGUAAAACGUCCUGGAGCACAAAUCACAGAGCUCACUGAUGAUUUUUUCGAAAACAACCAAAAUUUAGAAAUAGAACCAGCCCCAGAUGAAACUGACGCAACAAAUAUGUCUAAAGUGUGUAAUACAUUUGGUGCCGAAUCUGAACCUAUUUACGGAUUUGAAGUCCAAACUGCGUGGCAAAGAGACCAAAGAAGACAACCUAUACAACAAAACUACGAAGAAUAUAUGAACACGGUAGAUCUAGACCAAAUCUUAGGUACAAGUUUAAAUGGAAAUAGUAUAAAGAGUAUGUUAAAAAACGGGUUACCACCUCAAUCUAAAUCUAAGCCUCAGCUGAUAGAUUCUAAGGAAGAGAUCCUCAGGAACGGUAACACAUUUGGUAAGACUUCAAAAACUAUAUGUAGGACUAAGAAAGGGGCUGUAGUUACUGAGGAAUCGGAAAUUUCGACAGACGGGAGAACUUUGGCUAACUUUAAAUUUCAACGUUCAACAGUGAAGACAGGUCCAAAUAAAGUAAAGGAGACCCUGCAACCAUUGAAAGAGGAUGCAGUCCUGAAUGAGUGCCUCAGGACAAAGUGUGUAGGAGACUUGUUGACGACGACUACGACGACUUUAGUAACGGUGUCGCAAACGUCGGUCACGUGCUGUAAUGAACCUGUCUGCCGUAACUGCGUAGUCUCUCCGACCGGCUCAUCACCGCCACCGCUGCACGAGAACGCAACGUCACCACCGCCACCAGCCCCGUCAUCACCAAUCACAUCCCCUCGUCUUCUCCCACCUCUACCCUCCCCGCAGCCAAGCCACAGUUCCUCAGCCAGCCAAUCCAAUUCCCCACAUCCAUACUCCUACCCUAACUUCAGAAGAAGUCAGCCGGUGCAAAGCCAAAACUAUCCUGAAUAUAACCUCCUUCAUAGUCAUAGUGUAUCUCAAUUAAAUCAGCCUGGACAGAGCUACCAGUCACCGCAGUCCCCUCAGUCCGCUAUGUCACUGUCCCCCCACCCAAUCCCACAAGGCAAGUUUAGAGGAUUAUUGGAGCAUGCGGAGAGAUUGAUGAAACCAGGGGAUCCUCAUCGACAUUCCCAGAGCGAUGAUGAUUCAGGAUGCGCCUUAGAAGAGUAUACGUGGGUGCCACCAGGACUAAGACCAGAACAGGUGCACCUGUACUUCUCCGCGUUGCCAGAGGAUAAGGUCCCAUACGUGAACAGCGUCGGUGAGAGGUACAGGCUAAAGCAGCUGCUCCAGCAACUACCCCCUCAAGACAAUGAGGUGCGGUACUGCCACGCGUUGUCUGACGAAGAGCGUAAGGAGCUGAGGCUGUUCAGUGCGCAGAGGAAGCGUGAGGCACUGGGACGAGGACAGGCGAGGCAACUGCACGCGCCUGCGCCAUGCGAACGGUGUGAGGAGGGUAUGUCAGCGGGUGACAUGUGCGUGUCAGCGGCACGAGCAGGCCCGUCAGCGCGUUGGCACCCAGCGUGCUUUGUGUGCUCCUCGUGCCAAGAGCUGCUGGUAGACCUGGUGUACUUCUGGCGGGACGGCAGGCUCUACUGCGGCCGACAUCACGCUGAGACUCUCAAACCUAGAUGUUCAGCAUGCGAUGAGAUAAUCCUUGCGGAUGAAUGCACAGAAGCGGAGGGACGGGCGUGGCACAUGAAACACUUCGCGUGUGCCGAGUGCUCGAAGCAACUGGGUGGACAACGGUACAUCAUGCGAGAGGCCCGGCCCUACUGCCUACCUUGCUUCGAUGGUUGCUUCGCCGAAUAUUGUGAUGCUUGCGGCGAGCCCGUCGGCGUCGACCAAGGACAAAUGUCUCACGAGGGUCAACACUGGCACGCUACCGAACGAUGUUUCGCUUGCCACACUUGCCGGGCUAGCCUCCUUGGUCGUCCCUUUUUACCUCGCAAGGGAGCCAUUUUCUGUUCUAUAGCCUGCUCAAAAGGCGAACCUCCCACACCUUCCGACUCCUCUGGGCCAGGUCCACGGAUGGCAAGAGGUUCACGCCCGAGAAGAGUUCCAUCGCCAAAAUCCCCACCUCGAACACCGCAGAGAGAACCAUCACCUCCAAUCGACGCAGAUUCAGAGCCGAGCUGUUCUUUAGCACCAGAAUCCCCAUCACCCCACCCUCCACCUCCGCCACAUGCUUGCCUCAGUCUCGACAGGGCAUUAGCAGACCUUCGCUUAGAGCAGUCCAUAACGGAACACCAAAUACAACCGACGCCUACUUCGGAAGAACACAGAGAUGAGGAAACACCAGAAGGCUGGAAACCCCCACAUCCGGUCGAAGCUCAAGCUGUAGUGACUCCUGGACAUUCGUCCUCGAUGCCAGAAUUAACUUUAGUAGAUAGUAAGUCAUCGAGGAAACCUAGGGGAGGGAGGACUGUUCGUUUCUGUGGAGACGACAAUGAAGCGUUCGAGCCCGACGAGCCCGUCAGAAGAGAGAAGGUGCGAGAUGAUGACGCGAGCAGUUAUUGCAGCACGUGCUCAUCGUCAUCGUCCUCUGCAGAAUCUUAUACUUUGCCCACUAGAAGAGCAUAUGGUGGAGUUAGAAUAUCAUACGUGCCUAACGACGCGGUGGCCUGUGCUAAACGUGAGAGACAAAGGAAAAAUGCCCAAAACGAUAAGAACUGUAUCAUCUCGUGAUCUUGGGUUCUGUUUGUGCCCCAUGAACCUUCAUAGUGACAUCUCCGAUAAAAAGACUGACUUAUACUUUCAUAGCUCCUAAAAGCCAUAGUAUUUUAAGACAACUGUUAAAACAUGAAUAUUGUAUGUCUUCCAGUAACUUUUGCUUUCGAAUUUACGAAUCGAACCAAAUGGUACAUUUCGCGAGAAAGGUGUAAGAAAUGAAUUUGUAAAACCAGGUGUCGUCAGGAUGCUCGCGUGUCAUUAAUUGUGUUGUGACGACGACACGGGUGGGUGUCCGCUUUUGACAAAAGCUUCAAUAAACGACGUAUCAAAGAAAUAUGGUUUUCGACAAAUUUGUUGGUGGUGAUUUAGGGUUUAAUCGCUUUUAAAUGUGUUACGUAUGUCAUUCGAUCGAUUACACCUUUCUGCUGCGUAAUAAUGGACGUCGCUUCGCCUCUUUUCAUUUUAGCAGGGCCUGAUAGAAAUAUAGCUGUUAAAUAAUAUACAACAUCAGCUUUAAAUUAUUUGGAAGUAAUAUAUAAAUCGCAAUAAUAUUCGCUUACUUAAUUGAGUGACAUAUCUUACGCUUUUUAAUAAAAUCAUAUCUUGUUUAAUAAAGUAAUUUUAAGACAUAUCCCACUUUGCCACUUAGACGCAUAAGUUAUUUUGAUUUUUAGUAUAAUGAAAAUUGUAAAUUGAAUUAUAAGUACAAAUGUAAUGUAUUUUUUGUAUUACGUGUGUUCAAAAUAAUAUUGUAAAUAAUGCCUUACGUGUUGAGUAAACAAUUUAUAAUUUCAUAUUUCACCAUUUUGAUUCAAAACUUUAAAUAAUUACUUCAUGUUUGUUUUUAGGAAAAAUAAUAUGCUCAAUUGAAAUAUUGUAUAUUAUGUUGUAUUAUCACAAAGGUAUAGACAAUAAAAUAAAUCAAAUAAACGAGUAAGGCGCUUUAAUACUCUAUAAAUUAUGUAAUUAUGUAAACACAGCUUGUAAAAUGACGAACUAAAUGAUCUUGAAAUGUGUACAAAAUAUUUGUAAUAAUGUACGUAAUUUUUGUAAGUUAUUUGUAUUGAAAGACGAAAUAAAAAUGUUUUUG